CUCUCUCUCACUCCUUGUGUUCCCGUUUUCUUGCCUCGUUGUCUUGAUACCGUGGAUAAUUAUCAGGUUUACAGUUUACUGUUAGCUAACCCUAAAUUCUGACCGUUGGAUCUUCGAUUUUCUCCCUUUUUCCUUUAAUUUUCACCUUUAAAUACGCAAGCGCAGACAGAAUAGCAGAGAAACAGAGGAAAAAGAAUAGAAACUCGUCGACUCUACCUUCGUCCGAGUUGGACUCCUGUUUGUUCCACCUCACUCUCACCAGACCAGUCAAUAAGAACAAACGUGGAUAUUCACUGACCUAAUGGGGUCGGGUGAUGAUGGCACUCCCACAAAACCUUCAAAGCCUGCUUCAACUCAGGAGACACCAGCUAUACCUUCAUAUCCUGAUUGGUCAAAUCCUAUGCAGGCUUAUUAUGGUGCUGGAGCCACACCUCCUUUCUUUGCCUCAACUGUUGCGUCCCCUACACCCCACCCCUAUCUGUGGGGAAGCCAGCAUCCUCUAAUGCCACCUUAUGGGACUCCAGUUCCAUAUCCUGCUUUAUAUCCUCCUGGUGGAGUCUAUGCUCAUCCCAAUAUGACAAUGGCUCCAAGUACAGUGCAGGCAAAUGCUGAAUCAGAUGCAAAGGCAUCUGAGGGGAAGGAAAAGGCUUCUGGGAAAAAAUCAAAGGGAAGUUCUGGUGGCAAGGCUGGAGACAGCAAAAAAGCAGCUUCUAGCUCAGGAAAUGAUGGUGCCACCCAAAGUGCUGAAAGUGGAAGUGAUGGCUCAUCAGAUGCAAGCGAUGAGAACAAUAACCAGGAAUUUUCUGCCUCCAAGAAAGGAAGCUUCGAUCAGAUGCUUGCCAAUGGGACCCAUGCACAGAGCAAUGCUAAAGCAACUAAUUACCAGACUUCAGUGCCUGGGAAUCCUGCCAUUUCUUUACCUGCAACUAACCUAAAUAUUGGGAUGGAUUUAUGGAAUCCUUCUUCAGCUGGUCCUGGAGCCAUUAAAAUGCAAUCAAAUCCACAGGUGGGGCGUGAAGGAAUGAUGUCUGACCAGUGGAUUCAGCAGGAUGAACGUGAACUGAAAAGGCAAAAGAGGAAGCAGUCUAACCGGGAGUCUGCUAGGAGAUCAAGAUUACGCAAACAGGCCGAGUGUGAAGAGCUACAACAUAGGGUUGAGACAUUGAACAGUGAGAACAGAUCGCUCAGGGACGAGCUGCAAAGGCUUUCUGAGGAAUGCGUGAAGCUGACAUCUGAGAAUGAUUCAAUAAAGGACGAAUUAACUAGAUUGUGUAGGCCUGAUGCCAUACCUAAGCUAGAGAAUAAUGGGGCGCAUAUCCAAGCAAAGCCCGACGAAGGUAACAGCUAAGACAAAGGAGCAUUGCACAGUAGGAUGAUGUUCACAACUUGAUCAGAGAGAUGUUCCAAUUACCCGCGGAACUAAUGGGUUUUAGGUUAUAAAAUAGAGUGAGACUGAUGUUUGUUGUUCCUAGUGAUCUUAUACAAACCUUAACCACAUUUUAAAAGUAACAUUUGUUUUACAGUAGUACACAAUUCUGUGUCUCAGUCAAAUGUUUUAAUUUCAUACUCUGCUUGUAAAAGUAACUGUAACAGCACUAAAUUAAUGCUAACUAGUAUCUAAACAGAAGCUAUUGAGUGAAUGUCUUCCUUCAUUCUUGUAA